AUGAUGCUGCCACUGUUGCUGCCCCUGCUGUGUGCAGGGUCUCUGGGUCAGCAUGAAAAAUACUGGUUGGAAGUGCCGGAGUCCAUGACCGUGCAGGAGGGCCUGUGCAUCUCUGUGCCCGGCACCUUCUCCUAUCCCUGGGUCCAAUGGACUGCCUCUGCCCCAGCUCACGGCUACUGGUUCAGAGAAGGGAUCCACGUACACCAACGUGCUCCUGUGGACACAAACAACCCAGAUCGAAAACUGCAGGAAGACACCCAGGGCCGAUCCCACCUCCUCGGAGACCCCGGGACCCACAGCUGCUCCCUGGACAUCGGAGAUGCCAGGAAGAGAGACAAGGGAAAAUAUUUUUUUCAGGUGGAGAGAGGAAAGGAAAAAUGGACCUAUGUAUUUAACCAUCUGUCAGUGCACGUGACAACCCUGACCCACGUACCCCACAUCCUCAUCCCGGGGACCCUGGAGACUGGGCACCCCAGGAACCUGACUUGCUCUGUGCCCUGGACCUGUGAGUGGGCCACAACACCCAUCUUCUCCUGGACAUCAGCUGCCCUCGCCUCCCUGGGCCCCAGGACCCAAUUCUCCUCUGUGCUCACCCUCACCCCACGGCCCCAGGACCACAGCUCCAGCCUGAUCUGUCAGGUGAAGUUCCCUGCAUCUGGCGUGACUGUGGAAAGGACCAUGCAACCCAACGUCACCUGUGCUCCAGAGAACCCAGAAAUUGGUGUCUGCGCAGGGGACGGCACAGGUAGGAAGGAGACCAGGGCAGGUGUGAUUCAGGGGGCCAUUGGGGGAGCUGGUGUCACCACACUGCUUGCUCUCUGCCUCUGCCUCAUCUUCUUCAUAGUGAAAACCCACAGGAAGAAAGCAGCCAGGACAGCAGUGGUUGAUGACAUCCAUCCUGCCAUAGGACCAGCUUCCCUGGAUCACCAGCAGGAGUCCAAGCUGGACAGUCCUGCUGACCCCACAAGCUCUGCAGGGACUGCCUCCACCUUGGAGAUAGAUCAGGAGCUGCAUUACUCUUUCAUCAGUUUUCACAGGAUGAAUCCUCAGGAGGGCACCUACAGAGCACAGUGAAGGAUCACCUGGAUCAUCAGUCUCAGCCAGAGCAUCCAUGUCCUCUACAGGAAGGGGACCCAAAGACUGAUUCUUGGAGACUUGAUAUCCCCAUAGCCAGUGGGUUUAUAAACUACUGUAUGUGAAUUUCCCGCUAUGCUGGAAAUAUAUUAGGCUUUGC